UUUGCGUUGGCAGCGGUUGGCCGUCGGUCCACAGACCUCCAAUCUGUCUCCACUGUUGCUGAGCGCGGACCAGACGGAGCGGGACCGGUUCUUGCUCAUCUGCUGCUCAAGUGGCCUCUCGCUAUUUCACUUUCACCCUCCGGUGGUGCUCCUCCAUGCUGCUGCUGCUUUCCAUGGUAUCAGAACCUGCUGAGCCAAGGUAUGAAACGUCCAUUCAGUACAUCAGCUCUGCCCAACACCGACCUGGACAGGAGGGGGUUCGGUGCAGCACUGGGAGGUCAGAUGGACUUGGAGCCUUGCUUUGAAACCCAGGACGAGGGUGCAGUACCGGAUGAGCACUCACCGGGGGGCGCCCUGCCUGCUGCACUCUGCAGACCCAAAAGGGAGAGGAAGCAGCGCAGCUACACGCUGUGUGAGGUCUGCAACAUCCAGCUCAACUCAGCCGCACAGGCCCAAAUUCACUACAAUGGCAAAUCCCACCAGAAGAGACUCAAGCAGAUCAGCAAUGGCAAGACGCCAAGCACCACAGGUACGUCGGCCCAGGGUAGCUCCCUCCUCGCUUCCCUCCCCCUCCCAGGACGGCCUCUUCAGCCACAGCUCGACCUCAAACACCUCCUGCCCUUCAGGCUCAAUGGAUCCUCCCCCCUCAGCCUCUUCCCUAACUUUAAUACGAUGGACCCUGUCCAGAAGGCAGUGAUCAACCACACGUUCGGUGUCCCUCAGCCCCUGAAGAAGAAACAGAUUAUCUCCUGCAACAUUUGCCACCUGCGCUUUAACUCGACGAACCAAGCGGAGGCCCACUAUAAGGGCCACAAGCACGCCCGCAAACUCAAAGCCAUGGAAGCCCAGAAGAACAGGCAGCGGCGAUCUGGGGAGGCCUCGUCCGCGGGGAGGGAGAGAGACCGAGACCGAGAGCGAGAGCGAGAAAGAAGCAAGACAACGACGUCCGAGGCAGUUCUGCCUGCGCUCAUGGAGACGAGCUUAGUGGAAGUAACAGGUCUUCAAACUGUUCUAGAACCAGCCAACCUGGAGGUGAAGCUUGAGGAGAGUCCCCGGAGCUCAGUGAUGCUGACGCCAGUAUCAGAGGUCUCCUCCGUUGAGUUGGUCUCCCUUUCCCCUCCUCAGAUUUCACCUUCCUCACAGCUCUCUGAAACUGCCUCAGACAUCAGCGGCACAGAGGCCACGGAGGCCCCCGAGGCCCCAGAGGUCGCCGAUGCCCCCGAAGCCGCAGAGGCCGCAGAAGCCAGCAGCCUGACUGCCGAGUCAUGCAGCCAUGCCGACACGUCUAGCACAAACGGGGAGCCCCAUACAGAUGAGGACACAAAGAAAAGCAAGGCUCACCUCCAUUGUCCUGUUUGUAAAGUCACAGUCAACUCCAUCUCCCAGCUGGAAGCACAUAACAGCGGUACAAAGCACAAACUAAUGCUGGAAGGUCAGAGUGUUCUGCCCCGACGCCGGGGGAAAGUGGUAGCAGCUCGCGCCGGGUGCAAAAGCAAGCGGCUGGGCACCAAAGGCAGCGUGGGGGUGCCCAGCAAGAACUACCAGUGUGAAGUGUGUGAGAUCUUCGUGAACUCUGAGACCCAGCUGAGCCAGCACAUGAACAGCAGACGGCACAAGGAUCGGCUGGCCGGAAAACCACCCAAACCCAAAUUUACCCCCCACAGCAAGACCCAGCCAAGCUCCAGCUUAGCGAACAUGAGGUGGAGUGGCUAUGCAGGCCUGGCUGUGUCUGCCAUGAAGAAAGCGUUCAGCCAGUACAACCUCACCUCCCUCUCCUCCCUCUCCUCGCAGACCAAACUGGCCUUGCAGAAGCAGCUGACCAAGAGCUUGACAACUGGCUUCCUGCCCAACCCCCUUACCCAACCAACUCUGUGCACAAUGGCAACUAACCCACUGGCUCUGCGCCACCCUGUGGGCACCACUACCUUCAUCCAGAACCCCUUCCUGGGCCCUGCACUGUUUCGGCCUGCCCCGGGUCCGCUGCGGGCCACACACACGCCCAUCAUCUUCUCCCCCUACUAAAGACGUAACCCACCCUCCCACGUGAGCUCCUCCCUUGUCCCCCUGUACCAAACCCCAGGCCCAACUUCAGUGUGACCCACAUGACAAAAGGUCACAUGCAAACUAUGCAGCAAGCCGGACUUAAGAUGGAAACAGUGCACAAGUCCUGAAACUCGGUAGGCCUCAAGGCCUGAGAGCUGUUCCUAUCGUAAAGGCCAAGAUCCCCUAUCAUGCCUUCUUUCUGCUCCUCUGAUCUUGACCUACGGAGCAGGACAGGCCUCCAGACAGUGACUGGUACACAGAGGCCGCUUUUAUAGCCAUUUCAUGGGUCAACAUGGUUUGGAAUAUGGAUAUAAUUGUGUAAUUUAUUAGAGAAUAAAUAUAGAAAACUCUAGAUGUAUGUUUAGUGUGGUUGCCACAAAAUACGGUCCCUUUACUUGAUGCUCUUUUAAACUGUUUUUAACUUAUUGGUUUUGGGGGUUUUAUGAAAAGCUGUAACUGGUGUAUGACUGGAGCCAGUCUCAUCGAUCUCUAUACUCUACGGUCACAUUGCAUCCUGGAUAUGGCCAUUACCAAACAACUGUCGGAACAAGUGCUCCCUGUCAAAGUUAGACUUCUAAAAGAACAAAUACGAGUCCUCUAUGUGGAAGUAUGUGGAUCUAUAACUACAUACUAUAUAGCCAUAUGCUAAAGCCCUGUUAGCACCAUUGUGUACCUCCACUCCCCAAAAGUUUCCCUGAGCCCUUAAAAACAUUUUAUCCCCUCAUUCUAUCUGAGUCACAGUCGUAUAGUCAGUACCCUCCAGAUUUGUUUCCCUCCCCUGUAUCCGCAGGAUAAGCUCUCAUUAAGUUCCAGAAAAGGUCAGCUUGUCAACUUGACUUUGUGUCACUUUGCAAAUCUGUCCUCAGAAUGAUUCCAUAUUUUUCUCAUUUGGUCCAGUGCAUCAUCCACACGAUGCAGCGUAAACAUUAUGUUCUCGCCAAGCUAUAGCAGCAUGAAAAAAAUAAUUCUGCGAUCGGGGCGCCUGACAUCGCAGAACGCCAUCAUUUCUUUCCCCCUCAUGACCGCUCCGUGUCUUUGCCUUCCUCCUUCAACUCCACCUCGCUGCCCUUGAUUUUUCGCUGACAUUAUCUCAGCAUGAGAUGAUUAGGAGCCCCCGCUCACACAGACACACACACACAUCAUGAAAACACAGCGGAUAACUUGAAGAGUUGAUGGGAUUAUUUCAGAGCUCGGCGAAAAGUUUGGCUGACAGUGGGUGGGGAAGCUUCUCAGCCAGCAGGCCGCUUGAUUGACAUCCUGCUGCAGUGUCUGAAUGAACGUGGGCGGGAAAAAGAACAGUGCCAUGGAAACCACAUUAAAAGCACCUUAAAACUGAUUUACUUACAAAAGCAAUGAAACUUGUGUUGAUAUUCAGCUCUUUUAAUCUUCGUGUCUGUGAUUUUACGAUCCCAUGUCAAUUACAGUGAGAGUUUAGCUAUGGAAAAGAAAAAAGAAAAAACAAUCAGGUGAGAAUGAUCACUUUGUGGUUCAUCCGUGACGAAGACAAGUCUCACAUUUUAAAGCAAUACAUUUGGUAUGUUUAUGUUUAUGAUGUGUUUUCAGUGUGUCAGUGGCUUUAUCUAUAUUAUACAGUACACACCUGUAAUAAUGUAUUAUGUACUCCGACGCAGCCACGGGCCAACUCGUGAUCGUCAGCGACGAGUCAUUGGAAACGAUGGCUGGUCCUGGCGGCGCUGCCCUUGACGCUCGAUGCUCA